AUGUGUGCCUUGAAAGUGGCCAAUCAGGAAGAUAACGUUGGCAAAAAAGCCGAGCCUACCACUCGAGAAGAUGAUCAUCGCACGUUAUCGGAAAUCGAUCAAUGGCUUUACUUAUUCGCGGCGGAAGACGACCACCUCCUCCACCGUCAUAACAACCUCACGCCUCCGCCGUCGUCGUCUCUUAUGUCGAGUUUUAGCAGAGAGAUGGAGAUGUCUGCAAUUGUCUCUGCUUUGACUCAUGUCGUCGCCGGAAAUGUUCCUCCUCAUCAAUUCGUUGGCGGUGAUGCUAGCGGUGGCGGUGGAGAAGGGACUUCGAAUUCCUCUUCUUCCUCCGGUCAGAAAAGGAAGAGAGAGGUUGAAGAAGGUGGCGGUGGCCAACCCGUCAAGGCUGCUAAUACUUUGACGGUUGAUCAAUACUUCUCCGGCGGAAGUUCUAGUUCCAAAGUGAGGGAAGCUUCGAGCAACAUGUCAGGUUCAGGCCCAACAUAUGAAUACACGACCACAACAAAUGCUAAUACCGAAACGUCGUCGUCUAGUGGGGACCAACCUCGGAGAAGAUACAGAGGAGUGAGACAAAGACCGUGGGGAAAAUGGGCGGCUGAGAUUAGAGAUCCGUUCAAAGCGGCUAGAGUUUGGCUCGGUACUUUCGACAACGCUGAAUCAGCUGCACGAGCUUACGACGAAGCUGCACUUCGGUUUAGAGGCAACAAAGCCAAACUCAACUUCCCUGAGAACGUUAAACUCGUUCGACCCGCUUCAACCGCUGCAGCACAAUCUGUGCCGCAACCCGCUGUUCAGAGACCGACCCAGUUAAGGAACUCGGGUUCCACAAGUACCCUUUUGCCCAUAAGACCUGCUUCGGAGCAAAUCGUUCAUUCUCAGCCGUUGGUGCAAUCCUACAACUUGAAUUACUCAGAGAUGAUGGCUCGUCAACAGCAACAGUUUCAGCAACAUCAUCAACAACAAUCUAUGGGUUUAUAUGAUCAAAUGUCGUUUCCGUUGCGUUUUGGCCACACGGGAGGUUCGACAAUGCAAUCCACUUCAUCAUCGUCGUCUCAUUCUCUUCCUAUGUUUUCUCCGGCAGCGGUUCAGCCUCUGCCGGAAUCGGCAAACGAAACUGGUUAUCUCCAGGAUCUACAAUGGUCACCAGACAAGACAAGUAAUAACAGUCCAUCAUCCUGA